GAUGAUGAUCAUUAUUUGAAUGAUGAUGAUUUCGAUGAUGAUGAUGGUGAUGAUGAUGAUGAUUUGGAUGAUAAUGAUGAUGAUGAUGAUUUGUCAGAUGAUGAUGAUAAUGAUGAGGAUGCUAUAGAUGAUUUGGAUUAUGAUGAUUUGAAUGACGUUGAUGCUGAUGAUGAUUUGGAUUAUGAUGAUUUGGAUAAUGAUUUGGUUGAUUAUGUUGAUGAUGAUGAUAAUUUGGAUGAUGAUGAUGAUUUGGUUGAUGAUGAUGAUCAUUAUUUGGAUAAUGAUGAUGAUAACGAUAAUGAUGUUUAUUUGGAUGAUGAUGAUGAUUAUCAUCAAGAUUCAAAUGAAGACUAUGAUGAUGAUUUGGAUGAUGACGAUGAUUUGAAUGAUGAUGAUGAUUUUGAUGAUGAUGAUGAUAUUGAUGAUUUGGAAGAUGAUGAUGAUGAUGAUGAUGAUGGUGAUGAUGAAUUUGAUGAAGACUUGGAUCAUGAUGAUGAUGAUUUGAAUGAUGAUGUUAAUGAGUUGGAUGAUGAAGAUGGUGAUGAUGAUCAUUAUUUGAAUGAUGAUGAUUUCGAUGAUGAUGAUGUUGAUGAUGAUGCUUUGGAUGAAAAUGAUGAUGAUGAUUAUGAUCAUGAUGAUUUGGAUGAUGGUGAUGAUUUGGAUGAUGAUGAUGGUAGUGAUGAUGACGGUGAUGAUGAUGGUGAUGAUGAUUUUGAUGAUGAUGUUUUGGAUGAUGAUGAUUCGGAUGAUGUUGAUUUGGAUGAUUAUUAUGAUGAUUUGGAUGAUGAUGAUGGUGAUGAAUUUGAUGAUGAUGAUUAUUUGGAUAAUGAUGAUGAUAAUGAAGAUGAUGAUGUUGAUUUGGAUGUUGAUGAUGCUGAUGAUUUGGUUGAUGAUUAUGAUGGUAAUGGUGAUGUUGAUGAUGAUGAUGAUGAUGCUGAUUAUGAUGACGAUGGUGAUGAAGAUGAUCAUGAUGAUGAUGACGAUGAUGCUGUUGAUGAUGAUGAUAAUGAUAAUGAUGAUGAUGGUGAUGAAUUGGAUGAUGAUUUGGAUGAUGAUAAUUUGGAUGAUGAUGAUAAUGAUGAUGAUGAUGAUGAUUUUGAUGAUGAUGAUUUGGAUAAUGAUGAUGAUAAUGAUGAUGNUGAUGAUGAUAAUGAUGAUGAUGUUGAUUUGGAUGAUGACGAUGCUGAUGAUGUUUUGGAUUACGAUGAUUUGGAUGACGAUGAUAAUGAUUUGGAUGAUGAUGAUGAUGAGGAUGAUUUGGAUGAUAAUGAUGAUGAUGAUGAUAAUGAUGUUAAUGAUUACUUGGAUGAUGAUGAUUUCAAUGAUUAUGAUGAUGAUGAUGAUGAUGACUUGGAUGCUAAUGAUGAUUAUCUGGAUGAUAAAGAUGGUGAUGAUGAUCAUUAUUUGAAUGAUGAUGAUUUCGAUGAUGAUGAUGAUGAUGAUGUUGAUGAUGAUGAUAUGGACGAUAAUGAUGAUGAUGAUGAUGGUGGUGAUGAUGAUGAAUUUGGUGACGAUUUGGAUGAUGAUGUUGAUGAUUUGUAUGAUGAAGAUGGAGAUGAUGAUCAUUAUUGA